AUGACUAAGUGGCUGCUAAUUAUUAUUUUACAUCUGAUGGUUCUGCUGGAGAGUGGCCAAGUCGGGUGGUCAAAGCAGCCGACCGAGCGUGAAGCCAUUCUGAUACCCGGUGACAUAGUUCUCGGUGGAUUGUUUCCGGUACACGAGAAGGGAGACUUUACAUGCGGGCCCAAAAUUUACAACCGCGGGGUCCAGAGACUCGAGGCGAUGCUCUUUGCGGUUGAUCAGAUAAACAAAAACGAUAAAAUUCUACCGGGAAUUUCGCUAGGAGUUCACAUUUUGGACACCUGCAGUCGAGAUACCUAUGCGCUCAAUCAGAGUCUCCAUUUCGUUAGAGCUUCAUUGUCUAAUUUGGACAUUAGUGUCCUCGAAUGUGCUGAUGGAACUCCGCCGAGAAUGAAAAAAGCUGCUGCUGCAGGACGAAUUUUUGGAGUUAUUGGAGGAUCUUACAGCUCGGUUUCUCUCCAGGUCGCGAAUUUACUGAGGCUCUUUCAUAUCCCCCAAAUAUCCCCGGCCUCAACGGCAAAGGCUCUCAGUGAUAAGACGAGAUUUGACUACUUUGCACGUACAGUGCCACCUGAUACAUUCCAGUCGAUUGCCCUCGUUGAUGUUCCCAGUGCAGCAGAUGACAAAGAUUUUGACAGUAUUAUUCAGCGUCUAUCAAAGAAACCUAACGCCCGAGCAGUGGUCCUUUUCACCAGGGCGGAAGAUGCACGUAGAAUAUUAGAGGCAGCACGUAGAUCGAAUAUAACUCACCCAUUUCAGUGGAUAGCCAGCGACGGCUGGGGACGCCAAAAUAAAUUAGUCGAGGGUAUUGAAGCUGAGGCUGAGGGGGCUAUUACCGUUGAAUUGCAAUCUAAAACCAUUCCAAGCUUUGAUGAGUACAUGCAAUCUCUGACUCCGAGCACUAACAAGCGAAAUCCCUGGUUCGGAGAAUACUGGGAGGAUGUCUUUGACUGCAGACUACCAAAAAAUCAACCUGUGAUAAAUAAAAAAAAUUAUAUUAUUAAUAAUGCUAAUGUUAAUACUACCAAUAAUUAUAAUUACAUUAAAAGAAACAUUUGCUCCUCUAAACUACGACUCACACCGGCAAACGGGUACGAGCAAGAGUCUAAAGUCCAAUUUGUGGUUGACGCGGUCUACGCUUUUGCUCUUGCACUCAACAACUUGCAAAAAGACCUCUGCAAGGGCAAGGGCCUUUGUCAAGCGAUGAUAGAUUACGACAAGGGGAUUUUCUACAAGAACUAUCUACUCAAUGUCUCUUUUACAGAUUCUGCUGGCAGUGAAGUUAAAUUCGAUGAACAUGGUGACGGUCUCGCUAGAUAUGAAAUCCUUAAUUUUCGUAAGAAUGACCCAAAUGCUACCAAUGGAUUCAAUUAUCAAGUGGUAGGAAGAUGGUACAAAGAAUUAACCAUAAACAUUGAAGACUUGGUAUGGGCAAAAGGAGCUGAAGAUAUUCCAGUGUCAGCAUGUUCAUUACCCUGCGAAUCGGGGAUGAUUCGGAAGCAACAGGGCGACACCUGUUGCUGGGUUUGCGACCGGUGCGAGGAAUACGAGUACGUCUACGACGACACCACUUGCAAAGAGUGCAGCCCCGGACACUGGCCCCAUCCAGACAAACGGGGUUGCUACCCUUUGCCAGUUAAAUACAUCAGAUGGGACAGUGCAUUUGCUAUUGCACCCGCAGUUAUAUCCUUAAUGGGGAUUAUCGCAACACUCGGGGUCGCCGGAUUGAUGUUUCAUCACCGCGACACGCCGGUGGUGAGAGCCUCUGGCCGUGAAUUGACCAUUAUAUUGCUCGCUGGAGUCCUUGUUUGUUAUUUAAAUACUUUUGUUCUGCUUGCUCAGCCGACUUUUGCAACAUGUGUGCUCCAGAGGUUUGGAGUUGGCGUAAGCUUCAGCGCUGUUUAUGGUGCGCUCUUGACCAAAACAAACAGAAUUGCUAGAAUUUUUGACUCUGCGUCAAGAUCAGCAGUAAGACCAAAGUACAUCAGCCCAAGGUCCCAGGUGUGCAUCGCAACUUUUUUGAUCGGGUUGCAGGUGAUGCUCACCCUAGUAUGGAUGAUAGUUGAGCCGGCGGGGACCCGGCACUUUUAUCCAGACCGCCGGCAAGUUAUCCUCAAGUGCAAUAUCCAAGACAUGAGUUUUUUAUUCUCCCAGCUGUACAACGCGGUCCUUAUAGUAAUAGCAACUGUUUACGCGGUUAAAACAAGAAAAAUACCAGAAAACUUUAACGAGAGCAAGUUCAUUGGGUUCACAAUGUACACCACAUGCAUAAUUUGGUUAGCAUUUGUACCAAUCUACUUUGGGACCGGUAAUGCCCACGAAAUCCAAAUAACAACACUGUGUGUGGCAAUAAGUUUGAGCGCCUCAGUGACUCUAGUGUGUUUGUACUCGCCUAAAGUAUAUAUCAUAGUCUUCCAGCCUGAUAAAAAUAUUCGGGGCAAAGUAACUAUGGGUAGUAGUACCUUUAAAAAACAAGGAAGCAGUGCUGGGACUUCCUCCGUAGCUAAAUAUACCGGUUGUGAGAUGAGCAGUGAGCAUGUACCAUUACGUAGUGCAUUGUGUGCUGUCGUUCAAACUUCUGUGGGUGUUACCGGUGUUACGGAAAUUUCACAGUCAUCUAACGCUUCUGAACAAGUCGCUCAGUUAUAA